AUGAUCGCUUUGGCGGGAGCACAGAGACAAGGCUGCACGGGGGAUGUGGUCUGUCGCUGCAAGGGCUCUCUCUCCAGCGGGUUCACCUUCAUCUCGGGCCAAUCUCCAUUACAUCGUGAUGCAAGCAAGGUUCUUGCUUUCUUUCUGAUUCUCAUGACCAAUGGUGACUCCUACCCCGAGGAGAGAGAUACAGGCUAA